GUCCGUUGGUCUGUCCAAAAUUAGAACGGUGCAUGAACGACGAAACCCGGGCGCAUAGAGCUUGGUUGGCCUGUGGCCCUGUGGGGUUGGUCCCAGUCCGUCAGCGUUCAGUAGAGGUGCAACAAGGAAGCGUCCAUCGGUUUGACCGCUUUUGAAAACUUCUCUCACCUCCAAAAUCGUAAUGAAGUUGGCAUUUCCUCGACUUCAUGUGGAUGCAUCGGCUGUUGCCGGACUUAUUGAGUGGUAUUGCAAUCGACUGGGAAUGAGUGUCAUUAAAGAAAUAAAGAGUGAAAAGGAGCUGAUACACUGGGUUGGUUAUCAGAACGCGGCGCAAUCAGCGGUUGUAGAAUUUCGCUCGUCCCUCAAGCAAUCUACACCACCAAAGUACUACAAACCGCAACCAUCGUCUGAUGUUUACUGGAAGAUAGGAUUAUCACUUGCAGAUGUAGACAGUGCUCGUUCAAAGCUUUUACGUCAGGACGUGGAGGUCACUUCUCCAAGACAGUUCCGGGAUAUCGGAUACAUGUGCCACUUAAGCGACCCAUUUGGAUUUUCAUUAGAGCUGCUGCAACAUGAUUUCCAGUCUAAUUUUAGUUCUGAGCGCGUGCAAGCUUCUCUUGAACCGAACCUGGCGCUUGGGCAGCAAGCGCACAUCGGGCAAAUCACUCUUCGUGUUUCUGAUAUCAAUCGAAGCCUUCAAUUUUACCAGUCUACACUAGGUAUGAAGUUACUGUCAAUACAGAGCAUUCCAAACAUGUUCAACCUAUACUUCUUAGCCUGUACAGACGAGAAGCCACCUUCAGAUGAUGUAAACGCAGUGGAAAUCAGGGAGUGGCUUUGGAAAAGGCCUUACACCACUUUAGAGUUACAGCAUUAUCCUGGUACGGACCGGAAGUACAACACUGCAGACUUGAACCAUGAAAGUGGCUUUACUGCCCUCGCGUUUAUAGUUUCUGCACAGCGUUUUGAGGAGCUUAAAGUCUCAUCUAGUGUGGAGGAUGUGGGAAAGAAUUAUCCAGAAUACAAUUCCAAUGUUCUAGAAUGCAAAGACCCAGACGGUACAAGUGUGUUGUUUAUUUCAGAUUAGUGAAGGUGUCUCUCGACUACAUGUGGAUGCAUCGGCUGUUGCCGGACUUAUUGAGUGGCAUUGCAAUCGACUGGGAAUGAGUGUCAUUAAAGAAAUGAAGAGUAAAAAGGAGAAAGAAUUAUCCAGAAUACAAUUCCAGUGUUCUAGAAUGCAAAGACCCUGACGGUACAAGUGUGUUGUUUAUUUCAGAUUAGUGAAGGUGUCUUACGAGCUACACUACAGCGUCAUAAGGAUACAUGUACAAGAAUGUUAUUCAUUUUAGGCAAGUGACAGUGUCCUAAGGAUGAUACCUCCUAAAUUAGAGGUCCAUUAGUGUGGGCCAUGACCUGGCAGGAAAAGCAGAUCUUAGUCGCACGGGGGUGGGGGUACUCGACAAAGGUUUGUACAGGUAGGCUCAGCCCUUUUAACUGUAAUCAGGGUUAGGGAAAAGUCA